AUGCGGGCUGAAAUUGGUCAAAUGACCUUGGAUAGAACAUUGGCGGAGCGUUCUCACUUAAAUGCAAAUAUAGUUUCCGCAAUUAAUAGUGCUGCAAUAGAUUGGGCUUCUAUUUUAGAAUCUGAAGGCGCGAGACAAGCUGCCAUUAACGUUGCGGAAGGUACAAAAGAAUCUGUGAUAUUAGCCUCAGAGGCUGAAAAAGCUGAACAAAUAAACAAGGCGUCCGGUGAGGCUGAAGCUAUUCUUCUUCGUGCUGAUGCUACGGCUGAAGGUAUUCGGCGAAUUGCUUUGUCUAUAAAAGAAAGUCAUGGUCCUGAAGCAGUUGCUCUCACCGUUGCUGAAAAAUACGUAGAAGCUUUUGGACAACUUGCUAAACAAGGCAAUUCUGUAAUUGUACCAGCUUCCGUCAGUGAUGCUGGAUCAAUGAUUGCUCAGGUAUUCAUAGGGACUAUUCAUUUUCAUGUUUUGUGA